AUGCAAUCCCAAAAUAAUCAAUAUCUCUAAUUUGUAGGAAAACCACAUGUCACUGCAGUCAUUGCAGGAGGAAGGAGAAGAGUAAAUUAUACAUUCGAAGAUAAAAGUGAACUUGUUGAAGAAUAUGAUAUCAACAAUCAUGAAUUAAUUAGUAAAUUUUGAAUAAUAAGUAAUAACAGCUAGAAAAUGGAAAAAGGUAUCUAAUAUUAAAGAAUCAUAAUGGGUUUAUGAAGUUGGCGAAGCUCCAAUUGAUCAAUAAAGCGAAUUGAAAUUAUCUAAUGCAAAUGUAACCAUUAUUAUACUAAAUAAAGCCUAUAUUUUUAAGGAAGGAUACUCCUCAGCACUUCUAAUUUAGAGUCCGCAAUCUGAGUUAUCCAGAAGAUGUUUACCAAAUGGAAAUUGAUGAAAAAACUCAAGAAAUUGUGAUUAAAACAACAAAUAAGAAAUAUUAUAAAAGAUUUGCUAUUCCUGAUAUGAGGAGAGCAAAUCUCAAGCUCGAAUAAGGGAAGGUUACUCACGUUUAUAAGAACAAUACUCUAAUUGUGUCUGUAAAGAAUCCUUAUAUAUUUAUUAGUACCCAAAACCAGAUUAAAUACUAGAGAGAGAAUAUUAAAUUAGAUAAGAAUUCGAUAAAUUAAACAAGAAGAAACCUAAGGAAGGUGAUUUAGAGUGUGUAUAACAAUGAUAUAUAUAUCUAAAGUAUUUUCAUUAGAAUAGUAUGAUGUUAUUAUUUCAAGUAAANUCACUGAGGGUCACAACACUCUGAAUUUAGAUAAAUUCUAAGAGUAUAUUCAAAAUUCUUAGUUUGGUAAGUUGAGUGCAGCAAUCAACUAAUAUUACCAAAAAUAUACCUUACAAUUUAAUACUGUCUGGUUGUGUCUACAGAAUCCAGAAUAAAAGUAACUCUUGGUUGUUGACAAAAAGUUUGAUGCUGUCUUUGAUGACAAUUUUACUGAGUAUGAAUCUUUUUAUAUAAUUCUCAACUCCAUUCUCAGAAGUGCAAUCAAAGAAAUUGAAUAUUAACUCGAAUAGAAGAUCACCUUUCAAGAUACCCAAUAAUUAUUACCAUUAGACAUCGAAGGAGGUGUAAUACUAUUGGAUUACUUGAUAACAUAUUUUUAAUUAGCAUCCCUCAUUCAAGAGUGUUUCGAAGAUCAUUAUGGAUUUGCUGUAGAUUCUAAAAUCGAAUAAAUUGCUGAUGGCAAACCAGUACGUCUGACCUUUGGACACUACAUCGAAAUCAGAAAUAAGAUAAAAUAACUUGAUAUUUGA